AACCAAUAAAUGUGUUGCUUAGUUUUAUUUUGUUAAAGCGGUUAAAUAACCUGCAUUAGGCAUAGUGAUUACAUCUUAUUUUAAUUAUUUUAACGCGCUACUGGUGAUACUAACUGUCUUAAAGUCUUUAAUCGAUUUAUUUUUGGGCGCUUGUUUUUUUCUAGCGGUGCGGCGUGACAUCAUUUCUUGAGACACAGUCAAUCAACACAGCGUUCAUGGCAAUGGUGUCAACAGAGAAGGUGAAUGGGAGUGGGGCCGAAGUGCCCAACGAAGUCCUUCCUGCUUUAGCGGAGAAACCGGUUGGCCUACCGCCUGGCAAGUAUGCCCUGGUGGGCUGGGACAUGGACACCACUGGACGCCGGUUAAUUGAUGAGAUAUGCCAGAUCGCAGCGUACACGCCGAAGGAGACAUACUCACAGUACAUAAUGCCGUACGGCGACCUGAACCCUGGCGCGCGGCGACGCCACAAUGUGAGAGUGGUCACCGUUGGCCGCUAUCGCAUGCUGAAGGAUACUAAUACUCAUAAGAUACUGAAAACCAAAUCAGAAAUAUCUGCGCUAACAGAUUUUCUAGACUGGCUGGAGAAGGAGAAAGGGGACGGUAGCGUCAUACUCAUUUACCACGAGCCGCGCCGCCUCAGCCCUACCAUGCUGUUAGAAGCCUUUACUCGCUACAAGUUGCUGGACCGCUUCAAGUCGAUAGUGGCGGGGUUCACGGACAGCUACGCGCUGGCGGCGGACAAGUGCAAGGCGACGGUGAAGUCCGUGUCGCUGCGCGUGCUGGCGCGCGUGCUGCUCGACGCCGACACGCUGUCGGUGGACAGCGCGCUCGACAGGGCUACCGCCGCCUAUAGGAUCGUCGAGCAUCUAGCGCAGGGAGAGCAGCAAGAGGUGGGCGCUGGUGGCGAAGGCACGGCGGCCAGCAAGGACAUGGUGGAGACGGCGCGACUGUGGGCGCGGCCCGUGCACACAGAGCUGGAGGCUCUCGCUAGCUUAAAGAAACUAUUAGAAAGACAGAACACGUUCCGGCCAGUGUUCGGGCCACUGCUGCGCCAGCCGCGGCCGGAGCGCAAGCGGGUGACGCAGCUGAGGCGGCUGUUGGCUGACGCGGGCUUGCUCUACGACCAGGUCAAGGGCGCUUGGGAUGAUCAGAACUGUGAUGGUAUAGAGAAACUGUUGAACAACCUAGCAAUAUCGGCGAAAUCCGAAGACAUCAAAGAGCUACUCGCAAUCUUUGACUGCCACUUUGACCCCAACAAGACACCGGGAGAAUAUGCCCAGCCUAUAGUAAAUCUACCAAAAAGGCCCAAGUCGUCGACGGGAGACACUGGUGAAGCCGAGGGCAGCACAAGCGAGUCCCAACAGACAUCUACUCAAAACUCACCCAGCAAGACUAAUAAUGAAAUUAAGCAAGAAAUUAAAACAGAGCCCAAAGCCGCGGAGGUGGCAAACUAACACCACGCGCGAGCAAACCACAAAGCUUCUUCACAUCUAUCGUUUAGUACUGUAACGGAGCCAUAGAAUGUGACUAAACAUUUAUUCGUAUUAUACAAUUUAGGUUAAGUCUCCUUUGGAAUUGAAAAGAGGUUUGUUUUGCAAGCGUCUGUGAACGAGUUACAAGUUUUUAUUUUUACAUAUUUAGCUGUUAACAUUACAGUUCUUUUUUUUUAUUUUAUUUAUUGGCUUCACGCAUAAAAUGUUUAUAUACACGGAUAGAGUUUAAUUGUAAACGAUAACUGUAGUUGAGUGCCUUAGCAACUCAGUGUUUUAUGAAAGUUUUUCACACUUUUGUGUAUUGUAACACGAGCCUGGAGCCCAGUGAGUCUUGUCGGUGGACGAGGUCGGGGAUGUUGCAAAGUAUCAUAUUUUAUAUAAUAUGUCGCUGAUAUAGAGAGGAUAUUUAUUAUGUUACUACUGGACUUUAUAGAAGUACAAUUCUUUGUAGUAAUGUUCAUAAUAUUUUAUUGUUUUAAAAACGGAGUGCUUAUUUAUUUUUUUUUAAAUGUGUGCAAUCACAUGGAACGGAUGGACUGAUUUUACAUCCAAUAUUUUAAAAGUUUUUUUUAUUUCGUUUUACCAUUUCGCAUAAUACUUUAGGCUGAGUAAUGCAUUUCUUCUGUUACUAAUAUUAGCUGUUGCAUGUCAUUAUCUUUUGCCAUAGAACAAUUCAUUCUAUAAGAUUAAGUUUCCUUACCAUACAAUAAGCUACGCGUAAAGAAAGUGUGUACCUAUUAACUUACGUGUAAUUUAAUUAGUUUUAACAUAGACUGUACAUAUAUUUAAUUUCAUAUUUUGUUCAGAUCUCUAAUAAAUAUGUAAGUCUAA